UUCCUUGUCGAUGGCAUCAUGAAUUGGGUGCAGAUAUUGUGCUUGUGUUUGUUGUUACGGAAUGCGGCCUCCAGACCUCCAAACAUCGUUUUCAUCCUUGUUGACGAUCUGGGCUGGCGGGACGUUAGCUACCAUGGCUCUGAUCAGAUCCCGACACCCAACAUCGAUGUGCUGGCCAUGGAUGGCGUCGUGCUAGGCCAUAACUACGUACAGCCUCUAGGAACAGCGUCGCGGGCUGCUUUGCUAACGGGUUUUUAUCCUGUCCACACAGGCAUGCAACAUUUGAGCAUCGGGGACACAGAACCUAGAGGCCUUGGUAUGGAGUUCAAGCUUCUGCCGCAGUUCCUAAAGGACCUCGGUUACAGCACGCACAUGAUUGGCAAGUGGCAUUUAGGAUUCUUUCGAGACGAGCAGAAACCUUUGCGUCGUGGCUUCGAUACUUUUUACGGGAUCUUCAAUGGAGCAGCGGAUUUUUGGACGCACUUCUCACGAGACCCAACCAUGGACUUGUCUGGCCACGCGCUCAGGAGCAACGAGGUUCCUCUGCUGAAUGAGACAGGCCGCUAUUUGACGUCCCUGUUUGCUCGUCAAGCUGAACGAAUUAUUCACUCAAGACCUAGGACCAAGCCCUUCUUUCUGUACUUGGCUCCGACAGCAGUGCAUUGCGCUGGAUCCAACGGUACUAUCCAGGCCCCUUACGAGUACUUGUCAAGUUUCUCCUACUUGAAAGACUACGACCGGCAGAUGCUCGCCGGAAGCCUUGCUGAGCUGGACAAACUGGUGGGGAAAGUUGUACAAGCUCUCUAUGACUCGGGCCACUUGAAUACUACCAUCAUCGCUUUUUCGACAGACAAUGGCGGCGCGGCGUUGGGCUUCUCCAAUAACGUCUCCCCAAACUGGCCCUUGCGUGGUUCGAAGGGCACUGUGGCAGAAGGUGGAACACGGGGUCCUGCUUUCCUGUGGACGCCGUGGCUCGCAUCGCGCGGUCGUGUCGCCAAGCAGCUCUUUCACAUUACAGACUGGCUUCCUACACUACACAGGGCUGCUGGGGGAGAGGUGAGGGAUCUGCCUAUGUUUGAUGGUGUUGAACAGUGGGACAGUCUGACACGCGGCUCCCCACCCCCUCGCAAAGAGAUCCUGUACAAUAUUGACCCCGUGUGGGAUCAGUAUGCCAUCCGAGGAGAACGCUUCAAAGUCAUCGAAGAUCGGAACAAUACCCUAUUCAACUACUACGAUUGGUAUGAACCCCGAGGUGCACCACAGCAGGACCGCGGAGCCCUCAACGAGCAAAAGAAAUCCUGUAUAACGGCCCAGGUUCUGUCUUGUUUUCAUGGUAAGACCCUCGAGACACCACGGGAGAUCCCGGACGCUGUGCUUGCCGAAGUGAUGGCGACUGCACCAGUGGGGGGCUAUUGCCACCCGAAAUUUGCCACCUGUAUGUACGACCUCAACGAUGAUCCUUGGGAGAGAUACAACUUAUACCGUCCUGAUCAUCCAGAAUACAUGAGGUUACGUGCUCGCAUAGAGGAAUUCAAGCAAACAAUGAAGCCAGUCACCUACACAGGUUCUGACCCACGUGCCGACCCUAUGGUUCAUGGUGGCGUCUGGAAUGCUUGGCACGACUGAACAUCUUUGUUUUUGGACAAUUUUACUUUGGGACGAUAAUAGAUAAAAUAAUGAUACAAAUUUUAGGAAUGUGUAUAAGAGAGGAAUAUUUAGAAAUAAAUCUAAAAUG